UCAAAUCUUGAGAAGAUGUGCCGCACCCUGGAAGAUCAGCUCAGUGAGAUUAAGACAAAGGAAGAAGAGCAUCAGCGUACAAUCAAUGACCUCAAUGCUCAAAGAGCUCGUCUACAAACAGAAUCAGGUGAAUUUGCACGCCAGGUAGAGGAAAAAGAUACUUUGAUUUCUCAGCUCUCAAGAGGUAAACAGGCAUUUACCCAACAGACUGAGGAAUUGAAUAGGUAUUUAGAGGAGGAGAUAAAGGCUAAGAAUGCAUUAGCCCACGCCUUGCAGUCUGCUCGCCAUGACUGCGACCUGCUCCGGGAGCAAUAUGAGGAGGAGCAGGAAGCCAAGGGUGAGCUGCAACGUGCCCUGUCCAAGGCCAACAGUGAAGUAGCCCAGUGGAGAACCAAAUAUGAGACGGACGCCAUUCAGCGCACAGAAGAACUGGAAGAGGCCAAGAAGAAGCUUGCCCAGCGUCUGCAGGAUGCUGAAGAACAUGUCGAAGCUGUGAAUUCCAAAUGUGCUUCUCUUGAAAAGACGAAGCAGAGGCUGCAGAAUGAAGUGGAGGACCUGAUGAUUGAUGUGGAAAGAUCUAAUGCUGCCUGCGCAGCUCUGGAUAAGAAGCAGAAGAAUUUCGAUAAGGUUCUGGCAGAAUGGAAGCAGAAAUACGAGGAAACGCAGGCUGAACUGGAAGCUUCCCAGAAAGAGUCUCGCUCUCUCAGCACAGAGCUGUUUAAGAUGAAGAAUUCUUAUGAGGAAACCUUGGAUCAGCUUGAAACUCUGAAGCGCGAGAACAAAAACUUGCAGCAGGAGAUUUCUGACCUCACGGAGCAGAUUGCAGAGGGGGGAAAGACCAUCCAUGAGCUGGAGAAAGUGAAGAAGCAGAUUGAGCAAGAGAAAUCAGAAAUCCAGUCUGCUCUGGAGGAAGCUGAGGCUUCACUGGAACAUGAAGAGGGCAAAAUCCUCCGCAUCCAACUUGAGCUGAACCAGGUAAAGUCUGAAAUUGACAGAAAAAUUGCUGAGAAAGAUGAAGAAAUUGAUCAGCUGAAGAGAAACCAUAUCAGAGUUGUGGAGUCCAUGCAGAGCACCCUGGAUGCUGAGAUCAGGAGCAGAAACGAAGCCAUUAGGCUAAAGAAGAAGAUGGAAGGAGAUCUGAAUGAAAUGGAGAUCCAGCUGAGCCAUGCCAACCGUCUGGCUGCAGAGGCACAGAAGAACCUGAGAAACACACAAGGAGUACUCAAGGAUACCCAGAUACACUUGGAUGAUGCUCUCCGAAGCCAGGAAGACCUGAAGGAGCAGGUGGCCAUGGCUGAGCGCAGAGCUAACCUGAUGCAGGCCGAAAUUGAGGAGCUGAGGUCAGCUCUAGAACAGACAGAGAGGGCGAGGAAAGUGGCUGAACAGGAGCUUCUGGAUGCAAGUGAACGAGUGCAGCUCCUGCACACCCAGAACACCAGCCUGAUAAAUACGAAGAAGAAGCUGGAAACAGACAUUUCCCAAAUCCAGAGUGAAAUGGAGGAGACAAUUCAGGAAGCACGUAAUGCAGAAGAGAAGGCCAAGAAGGCAAUCACUGAUGCAGCCAUGAUGGCGGAGGAGCUGAAGAAGGAGCAGGACACUAGCGCCCACCUGGAGAGGAUGAAGAAGAACCUGGACCAGAUGGUGAAGGACCUGCAGCUCCGUCUGGAUGAGGCAGAGCAGCUGGCACUGAAGGGUGGCAAGAAGCAAAUCCAGAAACUCGAGGCCAGAGUGCGUGAGUUGGAAGGGGAGGUUGACAAUGAGCAGAAACGCAGUGCUGAUGCUAUCAAGGGUAUGCGCAAGUAUGAGAGAAGAGUAAAGGAACUGACCUAUCAGACUGAGGAAGACCGCAAGAAUGUUUUCAGGCUCCAGGAUCUGGUAGACAAACUACAACUGAAAGUGAAAGCUUAUAAGAGACAAGCUGAGGAAUCUGAGGAAUUAUCCAAUGUCAACCUCACCAAGUUCCGCAAGAUCCAGCAUGAGCUGGAAGAGGCUGAGGAGCGGGCUGACAUUGCGGAAUCCCAGGUCAAUAAGCUCCGGAUGAAGAGCCGCGAGGUUCACAAGAAGAUUGAAGGAGAAGAGUGAAGAUGUCUCCAUGCU